AUGGACGACUACGACAAUGAUCAUGACCACGAUUCCAAUGCGAGCUCCGACGACCAGGAGCACGACCAAGAACAACAAGAUGAUAACAUGACCAUGGAAGAUGCGGAUGACAUGGAGGGAGACGAGGAUGAUGCAUUCAACGAGGAAGACGAUGAUCAAGAUGAGGGCGACAACGACGGAGACGGCGACCAGGACCAGGAUCAAGACCAAGAGCAAGACCAAGACGCCGAACAAGAUGGGGAUCAGGAUCAGGAUCAGGACCAGGACCAGGACCAGGACCAAGAUCAAGAACAAGAAGGCGAUCAAGAGGAGGAUACCACCACCCGAGUCGACAGACCCUCACAUUCGAAAUCCAACUCGAUAGACUCCCCUCUCACCCCCAAACUGCGACCAAAGGUGCGACCAGAGGCCAUCACAGCGAGGCUGUAUGAUAUCGUGCCGACCAUGGCCGCCCCUCAAGCCACGUCCAUUAACGCCAUUGCGAUUACGCCCGACCUGCGAUACUGGGUGACGGGUGGGUCGGACGGAUAUAUCCGGAAGUACGACGGCCCAGGCACCAUCAACGGCAAACAGCUGUUGACUGUUGCCCAGCGGCACCCCUUCGUCGACACCGUCACGAAAGCCGGAAUACUCAUGUCAUAUUGGGAGAAUCUUGAGCCGGCUCCGCCCAAUCCCAGGGGCGGUGCCAGCGAUGCUGAUCGCGUCCUGUCUCCUGUUUACAGUCUGGCCGUGCACCGCGACGCGUUGUGGCUGCUCGCUGGUCUGGAGAGUGGUGGGAUUAAUCUGCACAGUGUAAGGCACGAUGAGGGUAAGACAAUACACGUGCUACAAGAGCACAAGAACGCGGUGUCGGUGUUGCAGCUGGCACCGGACGAGAAGAGCGUACUGAGUGGGAGCUGGGACAAGAACAUCCUCGAUUGGGAUCUGAAUACUGGAAAGACGAUUCGCGAUUUCAGAGGCAGUGGAGGACAGAUCUCGGCUAUUGAGCCACGACCCUUGAGCGGCGCGCCGAUCCCCCCAGAGGCAGCGGAGGAACCCUUUCAGAGCGACACUAUGCGGACUAGCACUCGUACCAAUGGCUUUUUCAGCAGCGGACCCGACUCAGGAAUACCCAAUGGAGGGAACAUGACCAACGGCGAUAGCAUGGGAGAUGGUGAAGGAUCCGACCAUGAGUCACUGUUUGGGAGUCCAGCUGGGUCACUCUUCGGUGAUGGCAACAACAACUUGGGCGCGGACAACCCAUUUGGCGGGGACAACGAUAACGACGGAUACUCUCACGCGAUGCUGGAACCUCUAGACGAUGCUCCCCACGGAGACGGUGAUGUCACGAUGGGAGGAGACACGAUCAUGGGCGACGCAUCUCACGAGACGACAGACCAGAUGCAAAUAGAUGGUGCGCCGAGCACGGCACAAGACGCAACACAAGGCCAGCCGGAUCAACCAACCACUUCUGACACAGGAAGCAACCAACAGAAACCACAAGAUGCGUCGCAAACUGAUCCUCAACGGCCGUCAACGGCCCAGACCGAUGCUGACUCAAAGCAACCGUCGAUACACUCACCAACCCUGGUAUUUAACAAUCCUGCGCCAGCCCAAUUUGACCCCACACAGACCUCCGACUCGACCUUCCUCUCAGCUGCCAUGGAUGGUACAAUUAGAAUCUGGGACCGCCGAAUUCCCGCGCCCCUCGCCCGGAUAGGCACUCGCCCAGGCGUUCCACCCUGGUGCAUGGGCGCCUGCUGGUCCCCCGACGGUAACACGAUCUAUGCUGGACGGCGUAACGGCACAGUUGAGGAGUUCAACAUCCACCGCGCCACGUCCAAUUGGCAGCCCGAACGGACACUCAAGUUCCCCGCCGGCAGUGGUGCGGUCUCCGCGGUGCGGACGAUGGUCAAUGGACGGCACCUUGUCUGUGCCAGUCAUGAUAUCCUGAGGCUGUAUGACCUACGAGACAACCGGGCGUUCAAGCACGGCGCGGUGCCGUUCUUGAUCAUCCCGGGACCCCCUAGGGCGGGUGUCAUCUCGCAGAUGUAUGUCGAUCCUACGUCGCAGUUCAUGCUUACUGCCGCUGGAACAAGGGGCUGGGAGGGGAGCAGCACCGAGGUAUUGAUUGGGUAUGAGAUCGGGUGUGUCAACGAUUAA